AUGCCUUGUGACAUCGGAAACAGGCUGGUCCGUCAAUACAAUGUCGUCCUCUGCCUCGGCUACGGCGCUUCGGAAAUAGCAGGGGUGAUGUCCAGCGCUAGAGACUAUGCCAAUGACAAGGAUUGGGAAUAUCUGAGGCCUUACAAGAGCUUCAGGCCCUUCAUGAAGUUCGAAAAUCGCGGCGACGACUUGACCGGUCCUUUCGAGCUUAUCGUUCGUGCAGGCUGGCCUUGUAUCACCGUGCCGAACCGUGAAGAUGGCUCGUACGCCACCAAGGAUCUUUUUGUUCCUCAUCCUUCAAUCCCCGAAGCCUACAAGUGCGUCGGAAGAGCGGACGACACACUUGUUCAUAUCAACGGCGAGAAGACCAAUCCGGUCCCCGUGGAGCUCGAGAUGCGAGCGUCGCCUUACGUAGCCGAAUGCCUCGUCUUUGGCGCCAUUCGUUCCCAGGCCGGUGUCUUGAUCGUUCCCUCCGACCUGGCUGUUCGCACGGUCGAAGCUCAGGCAACUUCUCUGGAAGCGGUCGAACAGAAACUUAGCAAGCUUCUCUGGGCAGCGGUCGAGUCGGCCAACAAAGAAGCACCCUCGCACUCGCAGAUCAUUCCAGAGCUCGUCAAGGUGCUCCCUGCCGGAACCUCGUUCCCUUCUGCAGACAAGGGGUCUCUCAUCCGCCCAAAGGUGGUUCAAGCCUUUCAGCGUGAGAUCGACCAAGUGUACGAGGCCUACGAAGCAGGAUCGAAUUCAAUGGAUGACGUCGUCAAGAUCAAGCUGCUCGACAUGGCUACCAGCAUCGAGGUCACUGCGCAGGUGAUCUCCGAAGUCUCUCAGCGAUCGGUCUCUGCAUUGACGAGCAAUUUGAAGGACACCGACUUUGUUGACUUGGGCAUUGACUCGCUCAAGAGCACCCGAGUCCGCAAUAUGCUCCAAAAGAGGCUCGAGCUGCCUUCCGACUUGCCCAGCAACCUGGUGUUCGAACAUCCUUCCGUGGUUCAACUUGCCGGGUUCCUCUUCAAGCACAGCUCUGGCACAGCGAAUGGCAGGAGCAACGGCGACAGUCAGCGAUCGGAGAACCGGAAAGCCGUAGAACUCCUGGAAGAGUUCAAAGGUCAGAUCCUAAAGCGAGACCGUCCGACUCUCGCAGCUGCUGCCAGAGAUGACGCCGUCAAGCACACGGUGGUGCUGACUGGCUCCACUGGCUCGCUGGGCGCUCACCUUGUGGAUCAGCUGGCCCGCAUCAAUCAAGUCGAGACAGUUAUCUGCUUGGACCGUGCCAAGAACGACGAGGAUGCCCGAAAGAGGACCGAAGACUCCUUGCUGACCCGUGGUCUCGGAAAGCUGGACCGACUCGCUUCGUCCACCAGCACCACAAUCAUGUGUCUUGCUGCCGAACUUGCCGAGCCUCAGCUCGGCCUGCAAGACUCUUCGUGGAAGCUUCUCUCCAGCAAGACCACGUGUGUCAUUCACAAUGGCUGGCCCGUCAACUUCAACAUGGCCGUUCAGUCGUUCCGCAGCCCGAUCCUGGGCUCGGUGAAUUUGAUCAACCUAGUAGCUCAGAGUCCAGCCACGGCAAGGCCCCGCUUCAUCUUUUCGUCUUCAAUCUCGACGAUCGCUGGUAAAAUCUGUUCGCAAGUGGACGAAGAGUAUCCUGUAGAUAUCGGCGAUGCGGCCAACAUGGGAUACGGUCGCUCCAAGUGGGUCGUCGAGAAGCUCUGCGAGUACGCUCAGCAGCACAUCGGUGACGGCUUCGACGCAGUCAUUGCUCGCAUCGGACAGAUGGUGGGCGAUCGUCGAUCGGGCAUCUGGAACGAGACCGAAGCUUGGCCGCUGAUGCUCAAGUCGGCUCAGACCAUUGGCUGUCUUCCGGAACUGGACGAACGUAUCUCUUGGCAGCCCGUCGACGAUUCUGCUUUCUUUGUGGCUGGGAUGGUCAUGCCACCCCGACUCGAGGGUGUCUUCCACGUAUUCAAUUCCGCUGCUUCCUCCCACAGCGAGCUGAUCGACCUGCUCAAGAAGCCCGAGAACCUUGGAGACUCAUUCGAAGUAGUUGCACGCAACGAGUGGCUGCGUCGCUUGUCAGAGUCGGACCCGGAUCCUCGCCGCAACCCGACUAUCAAGCUACUGGAGCAUUAUCGAGCUCAGUACGGCCAAGCACAGACGAACGGCAAUGGUGCUAGUGAUAGGCCGAUCGACAAGGAAAAGAUUAUCACCAACGAUCGCCUUCUUGGGGCAUUCGGGCAGCUCGGUCUGCAGCGUGAGGCCGAAUUGAAGCUCGUCCCCAUCGAUGCGAGUCUCAUUCACAACAUGAUCUCUGCUUGGAGGCGAAGCGGCUUUCUUUCUUGA